AUGGUGACAUCGGACGAACAGAAAGUCAUCAACUCCCUCCAGGCCAACUGGAUAUGGACACCAGACUGGAUUGAUUCGUCGCGAGUCAAUACGGCAGGGCGAAUUGUCCAUUUCAGCCGUGAGCUUGACCUUCCGGAAAGUCCCACCCGCGCACUGUUGCAUUUCUCUGCGGAUACGCGAUAUAAGUUGUAUGUCAAUGGGGUCCGUGUCGCUGUCGGGCCAGCGCGCAGCAGUCCGUGGAUCUGGUACUAUGACACGCUCGAUAUCGCACCUUAUCUUAACUCUGGACAAAAUGUGAUUCGGUUCGUCGUGGUGCGAUACUUUGCAUCCUCGCGCGGUGCCAUGCCCUUUGAGAGGACGACGCUGCCGGGAUUGACUGUGGUGGGCUCUAUAGAGACAGGCAGUAACGUCGUGGAGCUAGAUUCGCAUAAGGGAUGGCAGGUCCAAGUGGAUGAGAGUAUUCAAUUCCCAAUGGGUUUGAUAGACGACGGAUUUUUACACAUAUACGAACGAGUCGCUCCGACAAUUUACAGCCCAUCAGUAGCCCCAAAGGCGUAUGGAAUCAAAACCCUGAAUGGCGAUCUCCCACCCUGGCGUUUACGUCCGCGUGGGUUCCCAAUGCCUGAUCAGAGCCCCAUCGUCGUUAACGUGAUACGCGCCUGCGAGAGUUAUAUCAGUGCAGACGAAUGGUCAUCUUGCUUGUCAGGGAGUGGCCCCUUGACUCUUCGUGAGCGCUCUUCGCACAUGCUUGAAUUACAGGCCGAGACACACUCAACAGCCUUCCUCCGAUGGGCAUUUCAAGGGAUCAAAAGCUCGUCGCAAAUCACAAUGAAAGUGACAUACUCGGAGGGUUACGAGCUGGAGCCUCGUUCCUACCCGUACUUUCGCAAGAAGACAGAUCGGCUGGAUGCAAAAGCUGGUCAUCUCCUUGGUCCAUAUGACGCGGUCACUUUGGAUAUCCCUGACACAGAAACCGUGGCAUACGAGCCAUUUUGGUUCCGGACGUUUCGCCUUCUACGCCUCGAGAUUAUAGUGGGAGAGGAACCGGUCCGGAUGUUUCCAAUGGAUGUGACACAAGUGAAUUACCCCCUCGCCGUCAAGGCCAGCUGGAUCGAGCCUGGCGAUGAAUACAGCGAACGCAUAUGGGACGUGUCGAUUCGCACCAUGCGAAACUGCAUGUUUGACGGGUACUCGGACUGUCCGUUCUAUGAGCAACUUCAAUACUCCGGUGACAGUCGCGCCGUCGGCUUGUUUCACUAUCUACUCUCGGGUGAUGACCGGCUGAUGCGACAAGCAAUCACAAAUUUUGCAGCUUCAGUCACCUGCGAGGGUCUCACUCAGUCUCGCUUCCCUUCUCACGUCCCUCAGCUUAUUGCCGGCUUCCCGUUGUAUUGGGUCCUGCAGGUCUGCGAUCACCAUCUCUACUUCGGCGACACUCCCUUUGCUCGUUCUUUCCUCCCCCGGAUCGACGGCGUCCUCGACUUCUUUGACUUACACAUUGACCCCUUGGGUCUUGUAAGCGGAUUGCCUGAGGAUGUGUGGCAGUAUGUCGACUGGGUCACCACCUGGGGUGCGACGGACGAUUAUCCCGACAAAGGGGUGCCCACCUCCGGUCGCAAAUCAAACCGCCAUACAUACUUUAGCAUGUUAUAUGCGUAUGUUCUCCAACAAGCUGCACGUCUUGUUCGCGAAGUUGGUCGACCGGGCUAUGCAGAUGAGUAUGAAGCGCGUGCGGCCGCCCUGCAACAAGCCAUUCGAACGCACUGUUACGACGGACGGUUCUUCACCGAUUCCACGGCGGACAUCGCUGACGACGAAUCGUCUUAUUCACAACAUUGCCAGGUCUUUGCAGUUGUGUCCGGUACCGCGCGACCAGAGGAUCACGCCCGCCUUCUGACUGAAUCGUUCGCGGACUCUCGCUUCGCGAAAUGCUCGUACAUGAUGCGGUUCUAUGCCCUUCGUGCGUUGUCCCUUGCUGGUGAUCAGGUCUACGACAGCUUUUGGCCCCAGCUGUGGGACCCGUGGCGCAAUAUGCUAGCCAGCAAUUUGUCCACCUGGGAAGAGGACGACGUCCGGCAGCGGUCAGACUGCCACGCGUGGUCUAGUGUGCCCAUCUAUGAAUAUUGCACCGAACUGGCCGGUGUUCGACCUAUCGCACCGGGUUCGACUAGAGUCCUCUUCAAGCCACGUCUUGGGCUCAGUGAUGCCAUCCAAGCCAAGGUUGCGCUAGGAAAGGACAAUGUUGCGACCAUAUCGUGGACCAUUGGAACUGGUGGCGAAAAGAAUGUCGAGCUACGACUCGAGAAACCGGUCGAAAUUGUCAGUCAGCUGCCCGGUGGCCCUGAGGAGGAACACGGCCUCGUCGACUGUGUACAGCUGGUUCAUAGAGCUCUGUAG